AUGCUGCCCAGUGAAGACGUAGAUGACUUCUCGCUAUUGCUUCUCGACGGCCCUUCCUCUGCCAUAGAGCAGAUUCGCUGCCUCUACUUGGACCACCACGGUGCCUUGCUCGAUCCCCAAGACGCGCUCGUCUCGAAGCUAUCCACGCUCUCGUCCAUUUUCACUCCGCACCUGAAGGCCCCGCAGAAACCACUCUUCACGUCUAUACAUGCGUCAAAGAGCGAGACAAGCGCACGGGACGUUGUACACGACCGUGCGAUCACAGGGAGGGGACAUGAUGACGGCCUCGACGCAGAGUUCUGUCGCGCGUGCAUAGCGAGUGGGCUACCGAUGCUGCUCAUCAGGAUGAUCACCAAUGAUAAUUUCCUGCUGCAAUCCGAGGUCUGGAUCGUCAGCGUUCUCAACUGCCUCGACGGCUUCGUGUCGCUGUGGCUCACACAGAUCACAUACGGUCCCUUGACAACAUCCCUUAUCCUUCCGGACGGCUUUGGACUGGACCUCCUGGGAGGACUAUGGCGCAUUUGGACGGACUUGUGGCGCAACAUCGAUAAACUCAGGAAAGACGACGGCCCAGCACAAGAAGGCUCGGGGAGUCGAGCCCGCGCGUGCGAAGCGCUGGCGAGUCUUGCCAUAAGAGUAACCGACUUGUGGGAUGAAGUCGCUGCGCAGAAUAAGAACCGUAAUCACGCGGAAGUGCUUCUCGUUAUGGACAUCGCUCCGGUGCUGCUCUUUGCCUGGACACAUGCCAUACUGGGCGGCAUACACGACAACCAGAAACUUACCCGCAUGCCCUCAGUCAUCCACGCCCAACUACAAGGCGCGAUCGCGCGAACCGAACGCCAAAAGCAGACUCGCGACAACAAGGAGCCUGACCCUCCACCCUUUGGCGGAAUCGCAACGACGCCCUGGGGCGGUAAAAUCGAUCCUGCGAUCGAACGCAUCGGCGCGGGACGCGUCGUCGACGCGUUCCGUACGGCGAUCGAGUCGUGCGCGUGGAUGAUAGACAACCGGCUACAGCAGCACAUACGCAUACUGGAAGACCUUACUGCGUAUUCGUUCGCCUGUGCACGGCCCAUCCGGGAGGCGCUCUGGGCGAGCACGAUGACGCACGCGCUCGCGGUGGCGUUGCGGCGCCAGGUGCGCGAUGGCCGCGUUGAGCCAGGGGACUGCAGCAAUCACUUGUCGGUCUGUCGCGCGACGAUUGACCUGCUUUAUACACUAUGCGAGGGCGUGGAACGGGGUGUCUGUCAUACUACUAACGGCAGGGAUGUCAUGUCCAUCUUUGAGUUGUGCUAUAUCUGCGGUCUCAAUGCCAUGCGCCUAUCUGGCACAGGCAAUCAUGACCUCGACGUGGACACUGCGUACUACAUCGAGAAGCUCGUAAAGGCGACCUUCCGCUGGCAGAAGUUUCCUCUAGACCGGUUCGACGACGGCGGCGCCGGCGUGUGGACGCGGAAUGGCGACAUCCAACUCAUGUGCAUCCAGAUGCGCGGGUUCGCACAAGAGUACUGGUUCUUGAACAUGCAGCGCUUGCUCGCGCCGCGCGACGAGCUCCGGCAUCUCGAAUGGUACCACGCCCUCGUCGACGGCUGGUCUGAUCUCGGCUUGUCAGUGAUGGUCGAGAUCGAGAGCGAACGCGAGAAGUACGACUGGCGGACCGCGCGCUUGUGCUCGUGGCGGGAAUGCGUGUUUCACAAGAUACCGAGUACGCGGGUGUUGGCGCCGUGUAAGGGGUGCAAGGAGACGCGGUACUGCUCGGCUGAAUGUCAACAGAAGGACUGGAAAGGUGGACAUCGCAAGAAGUGUAAAUUUCGCCUGAAAGAUUGA